AUGAAGACUAAGGGUGAUAAACCUUUAGAAAUAAGUUACAAAAAACCUGUAAAACUAAUAAAAAAGCCAAAAUUUGGAGAAAAACCACGUGGCUUUGAUCCUAGAUUUGAUUCAAGAUGUGGUGAUUUUCAUGAAGGAGCCUUCAGGAAGUGUUAUUCUUUUCUAAAUGAAAUUCGACAAGAUGAAGUUAAAGCUUUAAAAGAAGAAUUACAAAAAUGUAAAAAUACCAAUCCUGAACGUGCCAAUAAAAUUCGUGAUAUUUUAAAAAAAAGAAAAUGUCAGGAAAUGAAUGAAAAAAUGAUUGAUCUUAAGAAAGAAACAAUAAAUGAAGUUGUUAAAGAUAAUAUUGAAAGAAUGAAUAGUGGUAAAAAACCUAUAUUUUAUAAACCAAGUCAGAUGAAAGAAAAAAUAGCUAAAAAGAAAUUUGAAUAUUUUAAGGAGGAAGGAAAAUUGAAUAAAUAUUUAGAAAAAAAGCAACGUCAUAGCUAG